AUGGCCAAAUUCUUGUAUUUGUUUGCUCUUGCAGCGGCUAUUGCUCAAGCUUCGGCCGUAACAGAGAUCACCCUACCAGACAUAUCCUUUAAUUUUUUAACAAAUGACCUCAUCGGAAAAUCCUUGUCCAUCCCCAAGUCCUUCUUGGACACUUUGGUAUCGUGCCAUGUCAUAUUCCCUAACCGUGUAAUGUACGAAGCUUUCCCUAACAACAAUUUGCCUGCCGGUAAUAUAUUCUUCCUGGAAGCAGUUCAACCCUUCACCAGCUGUGCGAUUGGUUUCCGUGGAGCUGCUGUAUCUUUGAGCGGAACCUAUGAGCUCAGGUCAUUGGUCACAAAUGUGGCUGAUAACAGCCGGUCGCUCACGAGGCAGAGAUUCCAUUUGACUCUCCAGGAGAUUAAGCCUAGGAAUUCUCAGAUCGUCGAAGAAUCUGAAAAGGCCUAA